AUGAGCAAGAUGCUGCAAGAGCCCAUCCGGUGGAGUCCGGCGCCGCUCGGUAACUUGGAAACUGGCUGCUUCAGACUUUCACUGUCUACCGUCAAGAUGUCGACCGACAAGCCCCUCCCUUUCCAGUACCAGUUCGCCGCAGGCGCCAUUGCCGGUGUCUCGGAGAUUCUGGUCAUGUACCCUUUGGACGUCGUCAAGACACGAGUGCAACUCCAAACCGGCAAGGGCGUAGGUGCCGACCACUACAAUGGCAUGGUUGACUGCUUCCGCAAGAUUGUCCGCAACGAGGGCUUUGCGACACUCUACCGCGGUAUCACCGCCCCCAUCCUCAUGGAGGCUCCCAAGCGUGCUACCAAGUUCGCCGCCAACGACGAGUGGGGAAAGAUCUACCGCAACCUGUUCGGCGCUGCCAAGAUGAACCAGUCUCUCUCCAUCUUGACCGGAGCCAGCGCCGGUGCCACCGAGGCCUUCGUCGUCGUCCCCUUCGAGCUCGUCAAGAUUAGACUACAGGACAAGGCCUCUGCCGGCAAGUACAGUGGCAUGCUCGACGUUAUCCGCAAGACCGUCGCCGCCGAGGGUGUCCUGGCCAUGUACAAUGGCCUCGAGAGCACCAUGUGGCGCCACAUUGUCUGGAACGCCGGUUACUUUGGCUGCAUUUUCCAGGUCCGCGAGCUUCUCCCCAAGGCCGAGAACAAGGCCGGCCAGGUCACCAACGACCUGAUCUCCGGUGCCAUUGGUGGUACCGUCGGUACUAUCCUCAACACCCCCAUGGACGUCGUCAAGUCCCGCAUUCAGAACAGCCCCAAGGUCCCCGGACAGACCCCCAAGUACAACUGGGCCUGGCCCGCCGUUGCCACAGUCGCUAAGGAGGAGGGUUUCAGCGCUCUGUACAAGGGUUUCCUGCCCAAGGUCCUCCGUCUCGGUCCCGGAGGCGGUAUCCUCCUCGUCGUCUUCACUGGCGUCAUGGAUUUCUUCCGCACCCUCAAGACCAACGCUUAA